GAUCAACUUACCUGUGCCACACAAUGGAACUCGGGUCUAUGGUUGUGCAACCUCUAUUAUCAGCUUCUUUUGAGUGGCUGCUCCAAAAGGUGGAUAAUUUCACUUCCAGUCAAUCCCACGAGUUACAAGAAGAGGUCAAUGCAGAGCUCCAAGAAUGGAAGUCCAUUUUACCAGAUAUUCGUCGUCUGCUCAGCGAUGCAGAAGAGAAGCAAACUGUCAAUUCCAUCAAGACAUGGAUUGAUGAUCUCAAGGACUUAGCUUAUGAUAUGGAAGACAUUCUGGAGGAAUUCACGACUGAUGUCUUGAGGGGUAGCUUGAUUGUAGAACCUCAACAUGCCAGCCCCACCAGCAGAUGCAUCCCUGCAUGCUUCUCCUGUUUCAAACAUAGUGAUUCAAUGUUUGAUUCUGACACCAUCUCUAAGGUGAAGGCUAUUUCCGAUAGGUUGCGAAGCAUGGUAAAAAGAUCAAGCAAUCUCCACUUAUUGCGUUUAAAUUUGCAAGAUGGAGAACAGCUAUAUAAAGCAGAUGUUGCGAGGGUACCCACUAGUUCCCUACCCGUUUCUCAUGUUUAUGGACGAGAAACUGAUAAAGUAGCUAUUCUUCAAAAGUUACUAAAUAACGAAAGCAGUUCCCAAGGAUAUUCUGUAAUUCCUAUUGUUGGGAUGGCAGGAAUAGGCAAGACCACCUUGGCUCAAAAUGUUUACAAUGAAGUAGGGCAGGGAAGCUUUGAGCUUAAGGCAUGGGUUUGUGUCUCUGACCGAUUUGAUGUGUUAAGCAUUACAAGAUCUAUUUUGGAGGCAGUAUCUAGAGGCCAGCAUGAUUUGAGAGAUUUCAAUUUGCUUCAAGAAGAAUUGAAGAAAGAGUUAUCAAGUAAGAAGUUUCUACUUAUUCUAGAUGAUGUUUGGAAUGAGGGCUAUGAACAAUGGAAUAUGCUACAAAAACCUUUCCAAGCAGGAUCAGUUGGAAGCAAAAUAGUAGUCACAACACGUAGUGAGCGUGUUGCAGAAAUCAUGGGUGGGAAAGACAUGAUUCACCAUCUAAAAGAGUUAGACUACAAACAGUGCCUGUCAAUAUUAGCUCAACAUGCAUUGGGAGAGGAUAAUUUUGAUGGACAUCCAAGUUUACAAGAAGUUGGUGAAGAAAUUGUGAAAAGAUGUAAUGGAUUGCCGUUGGUUGCAAAACUCCUUGGGGGAAUCUUACGAGGAAAGCGAGUUGAAUAUUGGAAAUACAUAUCAAGAAAUGAGAUGUUGAAUUUGCAUGAGAUCAACAGCGGGAUUUUGCCACCCUUGAUGCUGAGCUACUAUCAUCUUCCUUCUUAUUUGAAGCAAUGUUUUGUAUAUUGUGCUUUGUUCCCUAAAGACUAUACAUUUAAGAAGGAUGAGUUAGUUAUGUUGUGGAUGGCAGAGGGACUCUUGCAGCGAAAACCAAGGGACCAAAAUAGAUUUGAAGAAAUUGGGCAUCAAUAUUUUUGUGAGCUACUUUCAAGAUCAUUUUUUCAGCAAUCUAGUGGGAAUGAAUUAGAGUAUGUAAUGCAUGAUCUCAUACAUGAUUUAACUCAAUUUGUUGCUGGAAGAACAUGCCACAACCUACAGAAUAUGUUGGAGGUUGAUGAGAAAUCUGAAGUGAAAUUUGAGAAGGUCCGUCAUUUAUCAUUCUAUUGUGUUUAUUGUGACAUCUCUGAGAACUUCAAAGUUCUGAAUGAAAUGAAGAGUUUACGGACGCUAAUUCCUGCUAAUCCAGAAGCUCAUUGGUGCUAUUUAGCAAAGACAGUGGUGCUUGAUUGGAUACCAAAAUUAACAUGCUUAAGGGCAUUAUCUCUUCAGGGUUAUUGUAUAGGAGAACUGCCAGAUUCAAUCAGAGAUUUAAAAUGUUUAAAGUACCUUAAUUUGUCUGAAACUGCAAUACAAAGUCUACCUGAAUCAAUAGUUUUCCUCCAAUUACAGACAUUGUUGUUAUUCAACUGUAGAAGCUUUUCAAAGUUUCCCGUGAAAAUUGGGAACUACAUUAACCUCCAUCAUCUGGACAUUAGGGGAACAGAUUCCUUGAAAGAGAUGCCAUCUGGAAUAGCUAAUCUGAAAGAUCUUUUGAUGUUGGGCAAAUUUAUUGUGGGGAAGGAAAAUGAAUUGAUUAAAUUAUCUGAUUUGGAGAACCUUUCACAACUUAAAGGAGAACUAUCUAUUCAAGAUUUGCAUAACGUUUCGAAUGCUCAUGAUGCUAAGAGGGCCAGCCUAGACAAGAUUGAUGGUCUUGAUUGGUUGCUCUUACAAUGGACUUCUGAUUUUGGCAGUUCUAGGAAUGAAGACAAGGAAAUGGAGGUCCUUAGCUGGUUAAAACCACAUCCAAAUUUGAAAAGUCUCUCAAUUAUUUGCUAUGGUGGCAAGGAAUUACCGUCCUGGAUUAGUUGUCCGUCGUUUUCUAAUUUAUCAUACUUGAAGCUGUGUGAGUGUAGAAGAAGCACUUCAUUACCAUCACUGGAGAAAUUACCAGCACUCAAAGAAUUGAUUGUUGAAGGCAUGGAUGCAAUAGAAACCGUGGAUUCUAAGUUUUAUGGGCAUGACACUUUUCAAUCUCUUGAGAAGUUGGAGUUUCAUGACAUGUCAGUGUGGAAGGAAUGGACUUCAACAACAGAAGGUGGAGUAGAAUUCCCAUGUCUUAAUGAGCUUGUAAUUGAAAAUUGUCCUAAGUUGAUAGGACAAUUACCCAGCCACCUGUCUUCUCUUAUAAAUCUUGUGAUAAAAAGAUGCUCAGAGUUAAGAUGCCCAUCAUCUAUGAGUCUUCAGUCACUGCAAAAGCUGAAUAUUGAAGAUUGCAAUGUGGCCUUUUUGAAUAGCUUGGCUGAUCUCAUCUCUCUUACUAACUUGGAAAUUAAGAGAAUUUCGGGACUUGUUUGCUUGGCUAGGAGUUUUAUUGAGUCCUUAAUAGCAGUUGAGGAGGUGGAGAUUAAAGAAUGCCUCGAGCUUACUUGUUUAUGGGAGGAAGGUGCCGAGAUAGAAAACCUUGCUCGUCUUGAGAAAAUGAACAUUGAGAGCUGUCCUCUGCUUGUUUCAUUGACGGGGAAAGAACACGGCCUUCUUCCUUUCAAUCUUAAACAUCUCAGACUUUCAAGUUGCAAGGCUUUAGAGUCAUUAACUGAUGCGAUGAUGAUGAAGGUAGAUGGAAGCAGCAGUAGCAGCAACAACAUGUUGAGACUUGAAUCAUUAAGCAUCUACAAUUGUGAUUCUCUCAAGUCUUUACCCACCACCAUGGUUAAACACUUGACAAUUAAUGGAUGUGUCAAUUUUGAGUCUUUACCAGAUGGAGUAUUAUUGCAAGAUGAUGGUGACAGCAACAGCAAUCUUGAAUAUUUGAGAAUAGAGGGACUUCCAUCUCUAAAUUCUGUUGGGAGUGGUCAUCUGCCAGCUUCUCUCAAGAAAUUUAUUGUUUAUGAUUGCAAGAGCAAUCUUCGGGAUUUGACCAUUGACAGCUGUGCAGUUUUAGAAUUCUUGCCAGAGAUGGGCUUCUCCUUGCUUAAUCUUAGAUCUUUGAGCAUUGAAGAUUGUCCAUGGUUGGAGCGCAUUCCAGAUGGUGGUUUGCCCCUAAACUUAACAAAUCUUAUAUUAGAGAACUGUCAGAAUCUCAACUCCCUACCAAAUACAAUGAAUGAGCUUACAUCGAUUCAGAAUCUGAAGAUAGAAGAUUGUCCAGGCAUCAAAUCCAUUCCAGAUGGGGGUUUUCCUCCAAACUUAACAAAUCUUGAAUUAGACGGUGAGCAUCUGAAGCAACCGGCAGUGAAACGGGGCAUCCGCAAUCUUACCUCUCUUCAAAGCUUUAGCAUUUAUUACACGAGUCAUCCUCUUCUGGAUAUUGUGCUUCCUUCUUCUUUAACAUAUCUACGGAUAGAAAAUGCAAAGAAUCUGAAAUCCAUACCCAGAGGGCUCCUCCAAAACCUCAACUCUCUUCAAUAUUUAGUUAUUUGGAGUUGCCCAAAGCUACGGUCCUUGCCGAGGAAAGGCCUGCCUCCGUCGCUUGGACAUCUCAACAUCCGUGGGUGUCCGCUUCUAAAACGACAACGCUUUGAGGAGAAAGGAGAAUAUUGGUCUCUCACCCGUACCAUCCCUCGCGUCGUAAUAAAUGGUGAUGAGGCAUUAAGGAUGGUUUCCUUGGGAAUUUCCAAAUAUGUUGAUGAAUCCACAGUAGAAAUGUUCAGGAACAAAUUUCUCCUGGUACCCGUCAUAGCCAUAGCAACAAAUUUCUCCUGAUACAUAUCAUGUGUCAUGGGUUGCCCUGUAGAAGUAAUGGUGCCUCCAUCAAAAUUUGCAUCUGUGGCCAGACAACUUUGUGAUAUGGGUUGCUAUGAAAUUUCUCUUGGUGAUACAACUGGUGUUGUCACACCUGGAACUGUCAUUCAAAUGUUUGAAGCUAUUCUUUAUGUUGUUCCAAUUGAUAAGCUUGCUGUCCAUUUCCAUGACACUUAUGGGCAAGCCCUUUCAAAUAUUUUAGCAUUUCUCCAAAUGAGGGGAUCAACACCGUGGACUCAUAGGUUUCAGGUCUUCGAGGUUAUCCAUUUAAUCCUGAGUUUUAUCAGGAAAUGUUGCCACUGAGGGUGUUGUUUACAUGCUAAAUGGACUUUGGAGUAAAACCCAAUGUGGAUCUUGAGAAACUCAUGUCCGCUGGAGAUUUUUAUCUGUGAGCAUUUGGGAAGGACAUCAAGUUCAAAGACCACAGUUGCCAUGCAUCUCAGCCUGUUUCUCUAAUGCUGCCAUGCAUCUCUUCAGUUUCAGGUUAAAAAGAAAAAUUAAAACUCUAU